GUCGCUCCUUUGCCGCUAGACCUGCCUACCGCGGAGUCCUGCAGCCGGGCCAAAAACUAGAGCAGAUAGAGAGAGAAAAGAGGCAGAGCCGAGGGAGAAGAGGAGGAGAGAGAGAGAGAGAAAAAAAGAGAGAGAGAAACAGAGAGAAAGAGAGAGAGAGGGAAGCCGGGGGUGGACCGUUAAUUUCAUCCACACACCGUCUUGAAUGCGUGGCGGAGCGGAGCUGCUGUAAACCAUCAACCGCGGAGAGGACCGGGGGCACAUACGACACCAGCAGAGAGCCUCCUUACACACACGGCUUUAUCGAUAUACGUGUUUAAUAUGGAUCACUAUGACGGAGAAAUCGAUUACAUGCAACAGGAAGACGACUGGGAUCGGGAUCUGCUCCUGGAUCCUGCAUGGGAGAAGCAGCAGAGAAAGACAUUUACAGCGUGGUGUAACUCUCACCUGAGGAAAGCAGGAACGCAGAUCGAGAACAUCGAGGAGGACUUCCGGGACGGACUGAAACUCAUGCUGCUGCUGGAGGUCAUCUCAGGCGAACGCUUGGCAAAACCAGAGAGAGGCAAGAUGAGAGUCCAUAAGAUCUCCAACGUUAACAAAGCACUCGACUUCAUUGCCAGCAAAGGAGUGAAGCUGGUGUCGAUCGGAGCAGAAGAGAUCGUAGAUGGCAACGCUAAGAUGACCCUGGGAAUGAUCUGGACCAUAAUCCUCCGCUUCGCCAUCCAAGACAUUUCUGUGGAAGAGACAUCUGCCAAAGAGGGCCUCCUGUUGUGGUGCCAGAGGAAGACUGCGCCCUACAAGAAUGUCAACAUCCAGAACUUUCACAUCAGCUGGAAAGAUGGUUUGGGUUUCUGCGCACUCAUUCAUCGACACCGUCCAGAGCUCAUUGACUACGGAAAACUGCGCAAGGACGAUCCUAUGACCAACCUGAACACAGCCUUCGAUGUGGCAGAGAAAUACCUGGACAUCCCCAAGAUGUUGGACGCAGAAGACAUUGUGGGCACUGCCCGUCCGGACGAGAAGGCGAUCAUGACCUACGUCUCUAGCUUCUACCACGCCUUCUCAGGCGCCCAGAAGGCAGAGACAGCGGCCAACAGGAUCUGCAAGGUGCUGGCUGUCAACCAAGAGAAUGAGCAGCUGAUGGAGGACUAUGAGAAGCUGGCCAGUGAUCUGCUGGAGUGGAUCCGCCGCACCGUCCCCUGGCUGGAGAACCGCCAACCCGAGAGCACCAUGCAGGCCAUGCAGCAGAAGCUGGAGGACUUCAGAGAUUACCGCCGCCUCCACAAGCCGCCCAAAGUGCAGGAGAAGUGCCAGCUGGAGAUCAACUUCAACACCCUGCAGACCAAGCUGCGGCUCAGCAACAGGCCCGCCUUCAUGCCCUCUGAGGGGAAGAUGGUCUCGGACAUUAACAAUGCAUGGGGGAAUCUAGAGGGAGCAGAGAAGGGCUAUGAGGAGUGGCUCCUCAAUGAGAUUCGCAGGCUGGAAAGACUCGACCACCUGGCCGAGAAAUUCCGCCAGAAAGCGACGAUCCAUGAAGCCUGGACUGAAGGUAAGGAGGAGAUGCUGCAGGAGCGCGACUACGAGAGGGCCUCUCUGUCAGAGAUCAAGGCCCUGCUGAAGAAACACGAGGCCUUUGAGAGCGACCUGGUUGCACAUCAGGACCGUGUGGAGCAGAUCGCUGCCAUCGCAGCAGAGUUAAAUGAGCUGGGCUACUACGACUCCCCGAGUGUAAAUGCUCGCGACCAGCGGAUCUGUGACCAGUGGGACACCCUGGGAGCUCUGACCCAGAAACGCAGCGAGGCUUUGCAGAGAACUGAGAAGCUGCUUGAAACCAUCGACCAGCUGUACCUUGAGUUUGCCAAAAGAGCGGCUCCGUUCAACAACUGGAUGGAGGGCGCCAUGGAGGACCUGCAGGACACCUUUAUCGUCCACACCAUCGAAGAAAUCCAGGGAUUAAGCACAGCCCACGAGCAGUUCAAAGCCACACUGCCAGAGGCCGACAAAGAGCGCCUGGCCAUCCUGGGCAUCGAAAAUGAGAUUGCCAAGAUUGUGCAGACUUAUCAUGUGAAUAUGGCCGGCACCAACCCCUACACCACCAUCAACUCGCAGGAGAUUAACGCCAAAUGGGACAAGGUCAGACAGCUGGUGCCUCAGCGCGACCAGGCUCUGAUUGAGGAACACGCCCGGCAGCAGAACAACGAGCGUCUGCGCCGACAGUUUGCCAACCAGGCCAAUGUCAUCGGGCCCUGGAUCCAGAACAAGAUGGAGGAAAUCGGCCGCAUCUCAAUCGAGAUGCACGGCACCCUGGAGGACCAGCUGACGCACCUACGCCAGUACGAGAAGAGCAUCGUCAACUACAAGCCAAAGAUCGACCAGCUGGAGGGCGACCACCAGCUCAUUCAGGAAGCGCUCAUCUUCGACAACAAGCACACCAACUACACCAUGGAGCACAUCCGCGUGGGCUGGGAGCAGUUACUCACCACCAUCGCCCGCACCAUCAACGAAAUCGAGAACCAGAUCUUGACGCGAGACGCCAAGGGCAUCAGCCAGGAGCAGCUGAACGAGUACCGGGCUUCCUUCAACCACUUCGACAGGGACCACUCGGGCACUCUGGGCGCAGAGGAGUUCAAGGCCUGCCUGAUCAGCCUGGGCUUCGAUAUCGCCAACGAUGCACAGGGUGAGAGCGAGUUCGCCCGCAUCAUGAGCAUAGUGGAUCCCAACCGGAUGGGCCUCGUCACCUUCCAGGCCUUCAUCGACUUCAUGUCCCGCGAGACGGCCGACACAGACACUGCCGACCAAGUCAUGGCCUCCUUCAAAGUCCUGGCAGGAGAUAAGAACUACAUUUUAGCCGACGAGCUGCGCCGGGAGCUUCCUCCAGACCAGGCCGAGUAUUGCAUAGCCCGCAUGGCCCCCUACACCGGCCCCGACGGCGUGCCCGGAGCCCUCGACUACAUGUCCUUCUCUACGGCCCUGUACGGAGAGAGCGACCUGUGAACACUCUGUCAGUCGUCCUGACUCGGGACCACCAGCCUACCUGCUCUGAUCACCGCCACGUCCUCCGACUGCCCCGCCACCAAACUCCUGUCCUACUACGCUCAUUUUUUGUACGUCUCUGGCCUUAUCUUUUUGUCAUUAUCCUCUGUCUCCUCCUCCUCCUCCUCCUCCUCCUCCUCCUCCUUGUCCCACCUCUCCAGCCUCCUCACCGCUCCCUCACACUCUGUCUCCUCGUUGUAUUUGCUUCCCACGCAAUGCAGCAGCUCCCCAGGUUUACAAAAGAGGGAGAGAGAAAAUGUUUGUUUCUGUUUUUAUUUUCUUGUUGUCAUUGUUUUUCUUCAUAAAAUGAAUAAAGUUAACAUAUUUUAUUAUACUGAACAAAAAAAGGUAUUUUUCUUCACCUGAUUGAAAAUAAGAGACGAAAAUUGUAAUAAAGAAAAAUUGCUAUACUUUC